CAGUGACGAGCUCAGUCUCUCUAUGCAGGGCGGGAGGCGUGAUAGCUGACAAUAUUCAAAUGGCGGCUGUAAGGAAGACAUCGAUGUUGAUGUUGGUGGUGAUCUGCUUCAUAGAUGUUGAGUCGGCCGUCGUUGACAACGUUGAGCUGGACUCGAGCGCAGCGCUGAAGGAGCUGAGUCAGCUCAGGAGCAGCUUGCUGAGGCUGCAGGAUCUACAGAGAAAAGGAGGAGGUCAAGCUGACAUCGAGGACCUCCUUCCUGAGGAUGGGGGAGAAAGCGAAGAGACAACAAAGGAGCGGUACAAGCGUCUCAUAGGGGGCAACUCGCAGUGUUCGUGCGCUGCUCUGGCCGCCGUUUCCCGCAAAGUGACUGAUUUUGAAAACGAAGUUCAUCAUCUCGUCGGGAUUGAACGAAAACUCGAUCUAGUCUCGGCCAGCAUCAAAAACCUAGGACAACUGCUCAGUGAAGGCAAAACAGGACCACAAGGGCCACCAGGCAUGCCCGGGGACCGCGGUCUACCCGGCGAGACCGGCGAGAACGGGCCGCCUGGGGCGGACGUCGUGGCGAACAUGAGAGGCGUGCCCGGUCCACGCGGACCGCCGGGGCCCAGAGGGGUUCCGGGAAUAAAGGGACCGAUCGGAGACUGCAUCAAAGGGGACAAGGGGAUGAGAGGAGAGCGUGGGGAGCCCGGUACCAGCGCCCCUGGCAAACCAGGAUACCCAGGGGAUCCUGGGGUACCUGGAAUACCCGCCACCUCAUACCCCAGUACCCCAACAUACCCUUGCACCCCGCCCUCCCCGUCGGUAAUCGAGUGUGGACAACCCGUGACCUGUCCCUCCCCGACGGUGUGCUAUUACCCCAGCGACUGCACUUACUACCCGCAGGGAACUGGUCCAGUGGAUCCAUCCUAUUCAGGGGCCGCACCGUAUCCUGCGUAUCCUAGUGGGCCCGUUUAUCCUAGUGCUCCUGCCUAUCCUAGUGGCCCCGCGUAUGGUCCAGCUUAUCCUAGUGGCCCUGCAUAUCCUAGUAGUCCAGCUUAUCCUGAUGUGGUUUACUAUCCUAGCGGUCCUGCAUAUCCUAGUAGUCCAGCCUAUCCUGAUGGGGGGGUUCUGUAUCCUAGUGGUCCGGCUUAUCCAAGUGCACCAUCUUAUCCUAGUGCACCAUCUUAUCCUGGAGGGGCUGCGUAUCCUGUGAAGGAUGACGACGCUGCUUGGGACGCAUACGUUAGUGGAGACCGCUAA